GCGACCUCCAUUGCGUAUCUGUUGUCAAUACGGAGUCUGUAAGUUUAUUGUGAUUUCGUCUUUUAUUCCUGUAGACAGAGCGUAUGUAUAUAUCAGAAAUAAAGAGUAUUCUAGGUAGACCAAUAACGUCUGAAAAACCAGAAUGAAAGUUGCUCUAAUGGUGGCUGAAAAGCCCCAACUUGCACAGUCACUUGCCAAGAUUUUGUCUCGUGGGAAUCUGCAUUCGAGGAAAGCGUCUAAUGGAGCGUGUUCUGUGCACGAAUACACAGGAAACUUCCGUGGAGAAACGUGUAGAUUUAAGUUUACUUCCGUUUGUGGCCAUGUUAUGGGCCUUGAUUUCAAUGCUCGAUACAACAAUUGGGACAGAGUUGACCCAGUGGAAUUGUUUGCUGCCUCCACAGAAAAGAAAGAAGCUAAUUCCAAGCUACAAAUUCCACGACUUCUACAGCAAGAGGGGAGGGGUGUGGACUAUCUUAUCCUUUGGUUAGAUUGCGACAAAGAAGGAGAAAACAUAUGCUUUGAGGUGAUAGACUGCGUUGGUCCUGUUAUGAAUAAGAACUCCAUGAGACAACAGGUCAUAUUCCGAGCCAGAUUUAGUGCUAUCACUGACAACGACAUCAGAGGCGCAAUGGAGAGACUCGUGGAACCCAACAAGAAUGAAGCAUUGUCAGUUGAUGCCAGACAAGAACUUGACCUCAGGAUUGGUUGUGCCUUCACGAGAUAUCAAACUAAAUAUUUCCAAGGUAAAUACGGAGAUCUAGACAGUAACCUCAUCUCCUAUGGACCCUGUCAGACACCAACCCUUGGCCUGUGUGUGAACCGACAUGACAAGAUACAAGAAUUCAAACCAGAACCAUUUUGGGUCCUACACACUGAGGUAGCUCACCCCAGCGGUAGGAAUCUGGUAUUAGACUGGGAACGAGUCCGAGUCUUUGACCGAGAUGUCGCUCAGAUGUUCAUGAAUAUGAUUAAAGGACAGAAAGAUGCAAAAGUGACAUCCGUGACUCAGAAAGAGAAAGUCAAGCAGCGCCCUCUGGCUUUGAAUACUGUGGAGUUGAUGCGUGUCGCCAGUGCAUCCUUGGGUAUGAGCCCCCAUCAUGCGAUGCAGAUUGCAGAGAGGCUGUACACCCAGGGUUACAUCAGUUACCCAAGAACAGAGACCACACAUUACCCAGACAACUUUGAUCUCAAGGGUACCUUGAAACAGCUCCAAUCCAGCCCUUGGGGUGGUGAGAUUCGAGAACUCCUUGUUCAAGGAAUCAAUCGUCCAAGGAAAGGACAUGAUGCUGGAGACCAUCCUCCUAUUACGCCCAUGAGGAGUGCAUCCGAGAGUGAUAUAGGAGGAGAAGCAUGGAGAUUGUAUGAAUACAUCUUACUACACUUCAUUGCUACGAUCAGUUAUGACUGUAAAUAUCUCCAAAAGACAGUAAGCUUCAUCAUUAACGAUGAGAGAUUCUUCUGUAGUGGUAAAAUGGUGAUUGAUCCUGGCUACACAACAUUCAUGAAAUGGCAAGCAAUAAACACAUCAGAGACAUUACCGACAUUCCAAGUUGGAGAUGUUUGUAGUUUGAAUGAGAUUAAGAUAAUUGAAAGGCAAACCAGUCCUCCGGAUUACCUCACAGAAAGUGAACUCAUCACGUUAAUGGAGAAACAUGGCAUUGGAACGGAUGCUAGUAUACCGGUUCAUAUUGAGAACAUCUGCCAACGCAAUUACGUCAAAGUAGAGAGUGGACGAAGACUAGUACCGACCAGAUUGGGCAUCGUUCUCAUCCAUGGAUAUCAGAAAAUUGAUCCUGACCUAUCACUUCCUACGAUGCGUUCAGCUGUUGAGGAACAGUUAAACCUGAUAGCUCAGGGUAAGGUUGACUAUCACAUUGUCCUUCGACACACCUUGGAUAUCUUCACCAGGAAAUUUCAGUACUUUGUGGAACAGAUACAAGGGAUGGAUGAACUGUUCGAGGUGUCUUUCUCACCGUUAGCUGCAACUGGAAAACCACUGUCAAGGUGUGGUAAAUGCCAUCGAUUCAUGAAGUACAUCUCGGCUAAACCGUGCCGUCUACACUGCGCUCAGUGUGAGGAGACUUACACUCUGCCUCAGAAUGGCUCCAUCAAACUGUACAAGGAGAUCAGGUGUCCGUUGGAUGAUUUUGAAUUGGUGCUUUGGUCCUCUGGGCCAAAGGGAAAGAGUUAUCCAGUCUGUCCAUACUGCUUAAGUAACCCUCCCUUCCCAGAAAUGCGCAAGGGAAUGGGCUGCAAUGAAUGCACUCAUCCAACCUGUCCCCAGUCUAUCAUCAAGCUAGGUGUAGCUCAGUGCAUAGAGUGUGAUAAUGGAGUCAUGGUACUAGACCCAUCAUCUGCACCAAAAUGGCGACUCGCUUGCAACAAGUGCAAUGUGAUUAUGAACAUCUUUGAAGACGCUCAUCGUAUCACUGUCUCCGAUUUCCAUUGCGAGAAGUGUGAGGCUGCCAUCCUAGAUGUAGACUUCAAUAAGACGAAAACACCACUAGCCGAUAACGAAACGCAUCGCUCAGGCUGUAUGUUCUGCGAUCCCGUACUGUCGCCGUUAAUUGAAGCUAAACACGCCAGCAUACACCGCGGUGGACGAGGAGGAGGGGGUAGAGGGAGAGGGCGUGGCAGGGGGCGUGGCAGGGGGCGGGGCAGGGGGCGGGGUGGAAAAGCACCUAAAGAUAAAAUGUCACAACUGGCUAACUACUUUGUGUAGAAACGCUGUCUCACUUGUCGAGAGAUGUAGAUGUCUCAAAAUGAUCCUGCAUGCAAACUUCUCAAUUCUGAAAUUGUCUUUAAAAUCCUUGUCCUGACGAGUUGUUGAACUCACUGAAGAAGUACCAGUCACUAACGCACUGUCAUGCACGAAGGCAUGUCAACUGUCAAGUCUUUAUUGGAAUCGCUUCAGACAUUUUCAACAACUUACUUGAAUAAGUUACAUUCAAUCGAGAAAAUGCAAUGUCUCAAGAUUUAUCGAUAAGUUUUGACUUGGAGAAGAAAUCUUUACUUAGUUUGACAUAGCAAAAAAGAUAACCUCUUCUCUUCGUACAAAGAUUUAAUUUGAAUAAAAAGUAGCGAAAGGAAUACAGAUGUAUUAUCAUUGAAUGACUCGAAUGAUGUAACGAACACCUGUUUGGUAUUUUUCAUGUUUUAAUUGAUUUUACCGAAACCAUAUGCGCAACCAAUUAUAUCUCUUAGACUGAAGACUGCUCACGGCAUCUGGUGAAACGAGGCAUUCUUUCCACACACAUGAUCUCUUCUGUAGGACUCACAGGAGUCAACUUGGAUUCAUUUAUCGAAAAAAAAAUUGCUUGCACAACAUGUAGAUAUAGACACAUGAAGAGUUUCAUCGCAAAUCGCUAUUUAUUCAUUUAAUUUAAAAUUGAGAUUAUGCACGAUUGUCUGCUGUAAUAAAGAAAAUAAUAAGGAAUUAUGACGUAAAUUUUAUACAAGUAUCUGCGAAAGUACAACUCGGAAUUCAACAGACAAGGUUCCAAUUAUCACAUUUUUAUGAACAAUUUAUAGGUCAUCUUAACUCGUCUUCUUUUCUUCAAAAAUGGUGGAUAUAGCGUUUUGCGAUGAAAGUAUUCAUAUGUAAAUAUAUUUAACUUAUCUAUUAAACGUCCAGCAAACGAAACGAGGUUCCCACAUUUACCUCGGAAUUUAAAUUUUCGGUACAUUUUGCUGGAUUCAGAGACUCCAAUAGUUCAUUGAACGUUUGUGUUGGUGUUUUAGUCGUACCUUUCCGAUGCACGUACACAUAAUUAAUUUUCAUCUUAGAUUAAAUAGUAACAUAACUUUUAACGUCUUCGAUAGCCGUUUUUGAUGGAUGACAGCCGUCAAGGUAACAUCCAUUAUCUCCCGAGCACAAUGGUCAGGUUUUUAAAUCCAAACCGGUGUCAAAUGUAAAUAUGCGCAAUUACUGAAGCUAAGAGUGACGUAGUAGUAGAGGAAGAAAUUAUUUUAGGCCGAAUUAAAAAGAAAGCCUAAUACGUUGUAUUGUUUUUUCCAUUAUUAUCCCAUGGUCUUGACCUGAAUGCAGUUACCCGAUGUAUGCAUUAUGCACGUGUAGCCAAAUGAACUACGUUCAAUAGGAAUUUCUAGAAGUGUAGUUUAGUACAUUUCUGAGGCUUAGUGCAAAGAGACGUUGUCCAACAAUGACGGACAAAGAUACGGCUAUAUACCAAAGUAAGGGCCUCUUUUGUCUGCCUUGCAGAGGGACGUUUGCAUAUCAUUGGUAGGGCCUACUUUGCAAGUCAUGUCAGAAAACUUUAUUACCUGAUUAUCCCUCUUCCAGGAUGUAAAACGACAACAAAAAAUAAACUCGGUUGUCAAAUCUCCGACGUAAACAUCUAC